AUGGGUACUUUUGUCAGCAGUUUACUGUAUCUGACAUGUGAUCACCCACUCCCUCUGGAUCGAUACAAUGAUAGGGUUGAGGAGCAUUUACAGUUUACUGGUUUCUUUCAUAUUUCUCAAAUUAGAGUAGUUCAAGGUCAAAAAGCACUGGUAAAUGCACUAGUCAAAAGGUGGCACCCAGACACAUAUACCUUUCACCUUCUUGUUGGUGAAUGUGCUGUGACACUGGAAGAUGUUGCUGUUAUCCUUGGUCUUCCAACAGACGGUCUUCCAGUCACAGGGAUGACUAUGAGUAGUUUUGAAGCCUUAGAGGCGGAGUGUUUGCAGCAAUUUGGGAUUGCACCAAGGAAGUCGGACCUCUUGUUUGGUGACAAGUCUAGGACAUCUGUGCACUGGAAGUUCUUGCCUUUGCUUCGUGAUUUUGGUAGUAUCGGACAGUACAGUUGGGGAUUUGCAUGCUUGGAACACCUGUACAGGUCAUUAUGCAGGGCAUCUCGUUUCGACUGCAAGGAAAUCGAUGAAAGGAAUUGUGUUAAUGAAUUAAGUCAUAUUAGGUGGCAUAAUUGGGAGUGUGGAGACCGACACUUUAGGUAUCUUACACUUGAGCAGUUUAGGAAAGCCUUGGAUGAUCUCCAGGAAGGCCAGUUUGUGUGGCUUGCUUAUGCUGUUGAUCACAUUGAACUAGAUAUAAUUCCUCCAGAUAUCUACAUGCACUUGGUUGUGUGGAGCGCUACGGUGCCAUUAGUGUCUUUUGAAAUCAUUGAGUGGCAUGCAAUCGAUAGGUUUAGGAGACAGUUUGGUUUCGUGCAGGGAGUCCCUCAUCAGGAACGGAAUCUUGAUAAGGCACACGGAAUGGUCCUGACUGGUCCUAAGAAUAUUGACUGGACCACGGCCACGACUCAAUCAUUUUGGGUGAUACAGUGGACAAACAGGUAUAACCACAUUCAAACUGAGCUUCCCAUGCCUCCACAGCAUCCCUUGGAUAUUUACAUGUACAGGUACCGUGCAAGAUAUGGCAACCACUUGAACCUGUCGGAUCGUGUGGGUCAAGAGAAUGUUGAGGGUAAUCAAGUCAUGGAUGAUGACAAUGAAGAACAGGAGCAACAGUCACCGCCACCUCCACCUCCACCUCCACCUCCACCUCCACCUACACAAGAACAACCGCAAUUUUCAAACCCAUAUGUACCACAAACACAGUUUACUACAUCAUAUCCAAUACAUCAGCAAUAUUGAGGUACUCCACAGCUUGACUCAGGAGAUGUAGCAUCUUUUAGCCAGUUACAUGGAUUCAUGGCUGCAGAAGCAGGCCAAUCACAGUAUGGCCAGCAGCGUGAUAUCAUGGCUGGUAGGUAUUCCUUGGACGCUUUGCAUCCAUACCGCACUUCCUCGGUUAGUACUGGAGGGUUGGUAUCUGGGGACUCUAGUAGGAGUGACGGUGGUAGAUGAAUUCUUAAUAGUCAAAAUCCUCGUCGUGUUUCAAUGGGUCUAAUUGAAGAAAAUGCUAGGACAGCUGAGCUAGAGACGGAUGAGUAUCUAGUUGAUACCCCGGAUGACGAUGAGGAUGAGGAUGAAGAUGAAGACAUGGACGAAGAUGAAGAAUUUGAUAAUGAUGCUUCUGGUGAGCAUGAUGGUGCAUGUCCUAUUACUGCUUUAAUCUUUAGCCAAUUUAUUAUAUUAUAUUCAUAUAUGGUUCAUUUGCUUAUAUUAUAUACUUGCUGGGUCAUUUGAUUAUAUUAUAUUCAUAUUUGGUUGAUUUGCUUAUAUUACAUACUUGCUGGGUCAUAUCAUUUGUGUUGAUUUGAUUAUAUUAGAAACUGGUUCAGUCAACUAAAUAAGUUGUAC